CCCCCCCCCCCAGUCUCCUGCAGCUCGCAACUUCGCCCAGGGGCCGGUCCCGCUCCUGGGCACUGAUUAGCGGGGGGCGUGCUGCGGUCCCUGGCUUGGCUCUGCCCCCGGGGGGAAUGUGGAAAUGGCCGGUGACAGGAGCCCUGGGGUCUUGAGCCGGCAGCGUUUCGGGUUCUUGCUGCUAGCUGCGGCGGCGGCAGCUACUGGGCUGUGCGGCGGGGUCUCUGCAGUCAAGUCUCCCAGCUGCCACGAAGUGCGGACGGCGUUUCAGAUCCGGCAGAUCGGCCCCCUCAAGCUGGUUCCCGAUGUGCCCACUGCCGAAUCGGAUUUGCAGAUCUGCCAGCACAGAGCACCAACCUGUUGCACUAAAAAGAUGGAAGAAAGUUACCAGACAGCUGUUCGGAGAGAGAGGACUCAGAACAUCCAGGCCUUGAACUUUGAACUGAAAUAUAUGAUAGUUGGUCAUAUCACAGCUUUUCAAGAGGCCUUUGAGUCAUUGCUUCGCUUUGCAGAGAAUCACACAACCUCCCUGUUUGAGACAGCUUACAGAGCCAUGGCAAAAGAAGCUGCAGAGCCUGUCAAAGAACUUUUUACAGACCUCUCUCUGUAUAUUUUGGGUGCUGAGACUACAGUGGAAAAUGCAGUUUUACGGUUCUUCGACAGUCUCUUUCCUUUGGUUUACAGUCGGCUAAUAAAUCCUGGAAUUAUAGAUUUAUCAGAGGAAUAUACCGAGUGUCUACGACUAACAAGACAAGACAUAAAUCCCUUUGGACGUUAUUCUAAAGAAGUGGUUACAGAGCUGUCAAAAUCUCUUUGGGCAAGUAGGAUGCUAAAUCAGGCCCUCAAUAUGGGCAUUGAAGUGAUAAACACAACUGAACAUGCCGCUCUUACAAAGGAAUGUAGCAAAGCACUAGUGAAGAUGCAGUACUGUCCACAUUGCCAAGGACUGACACUAAUCAGACCUUGUGUGGGAUAUUGUCUAAAUGUAAUGCGAGGCUGUUUGGCCAGUGUGUCAGAGCUGGAUACUCAAUGGAGGGAGUAUAUCUCCACACUGGAAUAUCUGACUAAUGAAAUGGCUGGGUCACAUGAUCUGGAACUUGCACUUCUGGGAAUCAGGAAUUCAAUCAAUGAAGCCAUCCUGCAUGCACAAUUGAAUGGGCCACAACUCUCUGCCACGGUUGACAAAGUGUGUGGCCAGCCCCAAGAAAGAGAAGCAAAACCUUCACCAGAUAAUAUAGUGCAAGCAAAGGACGCGUCUGAAAUGCAGGCUCUCACGAUGGCUCACUCUGCUAAUCUAAACAAUAAAAGGAGUUCUCUGCCUCUGAAAGCUUCAAAGAAUGACAAAUCCAGAAGUUUGAAAAAAAUCUCUCGAGAGUUCAUCAACUACAUGAAACGAUCCCGAACCUUUUAUGCCUCUAUAGCAGAAAGGCUGUGCGAUGGGGACCUGGUGAUGCGGGACAGCUCGACUUGCUGGAAUGGAGAGGAUGUUGUGGAAAGUUACACCAGCAGAGUUGUUUCCAAUGGACUGAAGGCACAAAUUAAUAACCCAGAAUUGAAAGUCAAAGGAUUAGACCCUCUCAUCAGUCAUUUAAUUGACAAACUUCAUCAUUUUAACCAGCUGGAUACAGAGAAGACAAAAUUGAAGUUGGAACGAUGGGCUUCAAGGGAAAGUGGCAGUGGGGGCGGGAAAAGUGAAGCAAUGGAAUCAAGCGGGGACUGUGACGAUGAGGAUGGAUGUCAAGGAUCUGGUGACAGAAUUCACACAACAGAUGUACUCAAAGAAAAGAAGGCCUAUUCGGAAGAUAGGAAUGAACCAAAACCAACUGUGAAAAAGAUUGACACCACAGCCACCACAACCACAACCAAGUCAUCUUCUAAACAUGAUCUAGCCGGAAAUGUGGGCAAUCUAGCCUCCAGUUCCUCACUUUUCAUUGUAACAGCAUUAGCGAUGUUGUGGCACUGUCUGUCAUAGCUGCAUUGUAUUGCAACAACUGUCCAAGAAUUUCUGUCCAUUGUCAUUUAUACCUUCAGCCUUACCCAACGGAAAACAAAGUUAAAUGGCUCUCUAAUAUUAUAUGGUAUGUUAGAAUGAAUGCUAAAAAAAAAAGGCUGAGAUUGGCUGAUAGUGAUUGUCAGCACUUACACUGUGUCUGAAGAAGGUCCUUGAUAAUAUCUUAUCCACUCAAGAUAUAAAGGGAAUGAUGACAGGGGAUCUGAGUAGUUUAAGUUAUUGGGGUAGAAAUAAUUAACACUAAAAUCGUAAAUUACUGUAUUGGCAUUUUUCCCAUUUUACUCACUGGGUAAUCUCACUGGUUGUUUCUGUUUGUUAAAUUCUUGCGAUAAGUUCAAAUGAAUGAUCAUUCUUCUGGUGCAAGUUAAUACAUAUGGUAUUUCUCUAGUGAACAGCUAAUAACCUAUGUCUACAGUGGUGAACCAUGUCAAGUGAAAUACUCUCUACUAGUUUCAUAAAGUUCCUAAGUGGCCAAGAAGAUAAGAGCAUGUUUGACCCUUUUGUUUUCGCUCUUACUGUUUAGAUUUUAGGACACAAUAUAAAAAAGCAUAUGGUAUGUUUGUAAUGUGUAAGUAUAGUUGCCUUUACCAUUUAAAAAUUUUUUUAGAAACACUUAACGUUUUACCGAGGCAUACAGACAAUGAGUUUCCCUGCCGCACAAAACUUCAUUACCAUAUGCUCAAAGCUUACUGAAUGAAUGUCUGACAAAGGGAAACAUAAGUAAACAUUAUAAUGUUUUAAUCAGCUGAAUGCAGUUAUAUAUGAAAAAAGCUAAUUUAGUUCAAAUGUAUUUUACCUGUUUCCUAUUGGAGAGGACCUUGUUUCCAUCUAGGUGUCAGAGAUAUAAAGUGUUCGGAUUCCUCUUACCCAAAAAGUGGUCUCCAUGAAUUGUAGACCUCUAUAGUACAAUAUGUUUCAUAAACCAUGUAUUAUUUAAUUAUGUUUACUAUUUUAAAUUGUGCUAUCACAAUAGAAGUAAAUGUAAAACAAUAUGAAAUCUAGAACAACAUUAUCAGUCAUUUCUCACUUUGAUUUUCUAUACCAGAUAGUGUCAAAAUCUUCAUUUUAUUCCU